AUGGCAGACACAAAGAAGGCCCCGCGGCCCGCCUCGUCGCCGCUCAAGAACGGCUACCUGGUGCUGUACAACGCCGUGUCCGCGGGUCUCUGGCUCACCGUGCUCUCGCGCGUCAUCGCCACGAACCUCUUGUCGGCCAACGGCGCGGCCGACGUGUGCCCGACGACGGGGGAGCUGUGCAAGUGGGUGCAGACCCUGGCGGGGAUGGAGGUGCUGCACUCGCUGCUGGGCAUCGUGCGCGCCCCCUUUGUCACGACCUUUAUGCAGGUCUUUUCGCGGUACGCCAUCGUCUGGGGCGUCACCGACCUCUUCCCAAACGACCCGGCCAUCGGCAGGUCCCCCGUCUACUCGUCCAUGCUGGUCGCCUGGGGCGUCACUGAGGUCGUCCGGUACAGCUACUUUGCCCUCACGCUGAGCGGGUUCGAGCCCAAGUUCCUCCACUGGAUGCGGUACCACGGCUUCUUCGUGCUCUACCCACUCGGCAUCUCGAGCGAGGCCUGGCUCAUCUGGAAGAGCGUGGGCCCGGCUGAGCAGGCCGUCGGCGAGUGGUACUCGUGGCUGCUGCUCGCGUACGUGGUCGGCGUCUAUCCGCCUUCGGCCUACAUCCUCUACACGCACAUGAUGGCCCAGCGCCGAAAGGUUAUGCGCGCCCUCAAGGCAAACAGCGGCAAGGCGCAAUAG